CAGCUGCCAAAGCGCGCGCUAAUUUGCACGUUUACAAGAUCCACCUCUCUCAGCCUAGAGAGAGAUAUACACAGAGGCGAAAACAGAAUGCUAAAUCCGGAGGGGGGGAGGUUCCAUUGUUUUCUUGGCAAUUUCGUUUCUUGAACUCUCACCUAAUCCCAGACCGCUUCUUCUCCAUCUUUCCGGAGAGGGGAAAGAAAAUGUUUGAUGGGUUGUUUAAACCCAAAUUCUACACGAAAUGCAAGUCGGUGGUGAAGGCGACGAAGACGCGGGUGGAGGGCGUGAAGAGGAAGAAGAAUGCGGUUUGUAAGUAUCUGAAGAAGGACAUCGCCGAUCUCCUCAAGAACCGCCUCGAUCACAAUGCAUACGGAAGGGUAGAAGGGCUUCUGGAGGAGGAAAAGAGACUGCGUUGCUAUGAGCUACUGGAGCAGUUCUGCAGCUGCGUGGGAAGCAAUGUCUCCCUCCUCCACAAAACCACCGGGUGCCCUGAGGAGUGCCGGGAGGCCGUUUCCUCUCUUAUUUACGCGGCCGCUAGGGUCUCUGAAGUGCCUGAACUGCGUGAUGUCAGACAUCUCUUUGCCGACCGUUACGGCACUUCUCUCGAACACUUUGUGAGUCAAGAGCUCGUUGAUAAAUUCAAAGUGGAGCCUCCAUCAAAGCAGAUGAAGCUGCAGCUGAUGCAUGAAAUUGCUCGAGAGUACUCAGUCGAGUGGGACUCCAAGUCUUUGGAACAGAGAUUGUACACUCCACCUCCCCCACAACAUCCAAGUUCGUGUUUGCAGGCUCAAGGGAACCACGUGUCUUCAGAAGAAGCUGAGGGACAUAACCCAGAGGAGGAAAAGGCCAAACCAAACGGCACGGAGACAAGGGAGAGUUCUGAUGGAGAAAGCAAAGACAGAUUCACCCCCGCGCCUCACCUGAGUCCAACCCCCGAGAACAACACAGAGUCAAGGGUGGGAGAGAAACCAAAGCCGAGAUCAGUGAGAAGUAGGUUCCCCAAAGCGACACCUGAUGAAGCUUCGUUGUACCCUCUCAAGCCUCCGCCGGCUUCUUCAAGUCAGAGCCUCCGAUCGGAUUCCAUGGAUAAAGGUGGAGUGAGCAGCCGAAGGCUCAGCCGUCGGACUAUUUCAUGGCAGCCUGCUGCCUCCAACGACCUGCCUGAUUUUGAUGAAGUGGCGGCUCGGGUCGAUGCUCUCCGUCCAAAGUGAUUCGUCUUUUUUUCUUUCUGAUUUUAUGUAAUUCAAUUUCACCUUACCUGAUAGAUUUGAUUGCCGAUUACUGAUUAGAAACCUUUGUAUGUCCUCCGACAUUCUAACAUCUCUUUUUCCGCCAA